ACAAUGUCCAUCCACCUAAUGUGCCUCACGUCGGAUGGGGGUGUGCCCAUAUAUUCGAAGAAACGGGGAGAUUGCGAAACCUUACCGUUUUCGACGAUUGCCUCACUGAACGGGGUGCACAUGUUCUGUAAAUCGAAAGGCAUCGAUUUGCCCAUCACCUACCUGGAGGAGAGCGUGGUCAUGUGGAAAGAGUACGAAGGUACGAUCGUCAUGAUCGGGAUUUCGCGCGACAUCACCGAGAAAACGCUGCGCCACCUGCUUGACUACUCCUACCAGGCGAUGGUGUUCUGCGUGGGCAUUCAGUCGAUAAAGAAAAUUAAAAAUAUUGACCGCUUCAAGCGAGAGCUGAAACACUACUACCCGCUCGUGGAUCAGCUGCUCGAGGUAGUCGACAGCGACCUUUUCCGGUACGUCGAUUGUGUGCUUUGCACCGAGAGCGCGAGCAUGCUGGCGAAGCUGAACGAAUUCAGUGUCCAGAUCGGCUCACCGUUCUGCGCCUUGCUCGUACGCCAGCGAAUCGCCUGCGGUACCGAGGGCUGGUGGGAUUUGGACGUGAUCGAUCGGAAGCUGCUCAUGCUGCUACUCAACGCGUCCGCCACCAUUCAGCAGGAUGUGCCCGUUUAUUUGCCGAAAAAGUCGCCCAACAUCGCGUACCGCUUCAUUAGCAUUCCACUUACGCAGGGCGUUAGCAUUUGUGCAUUGUGCGGCGCUGAACCACCGUACGAUGUCCUUCAAGGUAUCAGCCAGCAGUUCUGGAUGGGCGAACUCGACAUGCUGAUCGCGGCCGAGCAGAACAAUGCGAAACAUUUCCCAUCGUCGAUCGAGCUUGAUCCACACAUUCUGGGCUUUCUGUUGCUUCAUCGGGAGCACGCGAAGUACGUUAUGUCUCGAGGCGUUACGCAGCCACAGAGCAACACCAGCACGGGAAGUAAACAGCAACGCACCGUCGGUCAGGCUAGUGGAGGAAACGAUCGAUUGGAUAUCCUUCGGGCGUUCUUCCACCAAUCGGUCGACGUCAUGGAGGAUACACUGCGCGAGGGUGAUCGUGUGAUUAACCUGGAACAGUACUGGUGUACGGAGUAUCACCAAUGCCACGCACUGAUCGAGGGCAGCAGCGUCCUGUGCGUUCUCUACACGUCGGCCAUCCCAACGCACCUCAUGAAGAUAGUAACACAAAAAACACUGAACACGUUGAUAUCGGAUAAGGAUGUAUGCUGGUAG